CGCAGGGCCGCGCCGCUUGGUCUACACUGCACGGCGGCGCGCGCGCACGCGCACCGGGGCCUCCGCCAUGGCGACCGUGCUGUCCAGGGCACUCAAGCUCCCGGGAAAGAAGAGCCCAGAUCUCGGGGAGUAUGACCCCCUCACACAGGCUGACAGUGACGAGAGUGAGGAUGAUCUAGUGCUGAAUGUGCAGCAGAAGAACGGCGGGCUCAAGAAUGGAAAGAGCCCACUGGGAGAUGCUCCAGAGCCCGACUCAGAUGCUGAGGCUGCGGGCGCCGCCAAGCCCCACCUUUCUGAGCCCGUUCCAGAAGGCUACCCUCCGGAGAACCUGGGGGAGUUGGAGCAGAAGGCCACCUCGUCCUUCGUGGCUUAUGUGCGGACGUGCGUCUUUCUGCUGACCGUGCUGGUGUCCAUGGUCCUGGUGUUGGUCUGCGCCUUCCUCAUCCCCUGCCCACCUCGAGACCUGCACAGCACUUGGAGCCGGCGGCUGGGCGCUCAGCAGGGAAGGGAUCUAUCUCCACUAGAACUUGCCGACGUGAACGGAGACGGCUUGCGGGAUGUGCUACUCUCCUUUGUCACUGCCAGGAAUGGAACUGCUGGGGUCCCUUUGGGUAUUCCAAGACCCCCUGCGGUGCUUGUAUGCUUGUCAGGAGUGAAUGGCAGCACCCUCUGGUCCAGUCUCCUUCCCGACGAGGCCCGUGACAUCACAUGCUUGAACCUAGGGCCAGGAAGUGCAUCUUCAGCCACCUGCCUUGUGACUGGGACACACAAGCUGCUAAGUGCAUUCAACGCAACAUUAGGGAAAGCCAUCUGGACCUUAAACCCCAUUCACUUAGCCAACGGCACCCUGGCCGCCCCUGUCGUGGUAUUACCCGAUGUGGAUGAAGACGGUAUCCUAGACCUGCUACUCGUGACCACUGGGGACUGGCAGCCGGAUCUGUGCUUUUUGCUGGUGUCUGGCCGCACUGGAAAUCCUAUAGGCCGACCAGUGAAAUACAACAUCAGGGGUGUGGGCAACCUGAUCGGCCCUCAUGUCUACAUCACCACCAGCGGGGCUGUCUACAUCCUGUUUGGCUUCGGAAGUAUCCAAGCUGUCGCCCUGCGGGACAUUUUUGUUCAGGCCCAGAAUCGAGACAGUGUACCACCCUUGCUGCAGCUAGAGGAGCCUGAGUGGGAGAAGAAACGAAGAUCUGUCAACCUGUCUGAGCUCAUUGACAUCUAUAGCGAUGGGGUGGAGCUGCUCCAGAUGGUGAAGGCCCCGGAUUCCAACUGCAGCGACCUCCUCAUCACAACUAGUCAAGGCCUUGUCCUGCUCCGUGGGCAGAACCUCACCCCUCACUGGGCACUGAGACUCCAAGGCCUGUUCAGCCAGCCCACACCAGGGUAUUUCACAGACGAUCAGACACUGGAUUUCCUCCUGCAGGUCCAGGAUGGAGUCGGAAUGAAAAAGAUGCUGGUGGUGGAUGGUGACUCGGGUUCCGAGGUUUGGAGCGUCAGUGUCCCUUGCCACCUGAGGGAAACCCCGACCACAUCUGCAAUGACGUCAGACAAGAAGUCUGUCUUCCUCUUCUGGGCCCAGGCACUGCCCACUGCAGGCACCACCUCGACGGCCGAGCCACCCACCCUUUACCACCUUUACCUCCUGCAUCCAACAUUCCCUUCAAUUCUUCUGGAUCUGGCCAAUACCACAGGCACUGUGACAGCAUCAGAGGUUGGCAUUAACGACCUCUGGAAAGAUGCCUUUUAUGUUACCAGAACCACAGGGCCAAGCUCCGAAGCCCUGUUGGUCAGCAAGCUCAGCCUGCGGUGGGCCCUGAUGGAGGGCCAGGUGGUGGCACUGAGGGAAGCCAGCCCCAGGGUAGGCCGAGGCGAGCUGCGGAGAUUUCUCUCCAGGAUCAAGUUCGUGGACUCUCCCUACCAGGUCUAGUUUGGUGACCCUCCAUCACAGAAAACAGAGAAUGGCAUCUAUCAGCAUGGUCAGUCCUGGUGCAUGAAGGUGGCCAGGGCCUCGCAUCCUACCUGUGUGACCUGGAGCGUUGGAGUAUUUAUGGAUGGACAGCGCCUCCCUCCAUUCCCCCACUCCCCAAUCCCAACCUUAGGCCUGGGUGGGGGGUAUUUGGAGCCAUGAAUCUCCAGUUUUCUUUUUCUCUGCUCCAUUUUUUGCUGGGUAGCCUCUGUGAAGCAACUGUUGUAUGUUCUGUCCCAGACUAGUUUCGCUGGGUCAGGGUGAGCCACCUUCGAGAAAAUGGCCCAGAUGUGGGGUCCCUGUGUGCUGCCCUCUAAGAGGACCCAGUAUGGGGAAGAAAUCCCUCACUUUCUGAGGGUCUUCCUAUCUAGGCAGAUGGGGAGUUGGAGCCCCUGGCCACCAGUCUAGCAUGCCUGAAUCAUCUUUGUCCCCAUGGAGCCUGUCAUCUCCUACUUUCUACAUAGUGUGGUGACCCCCAUGGACAGGGACAAAGGAUGAGCAUCAGAGGCCCACCCCUGACUAGUCUUGCUGGCCAUGUUACUGCAGAAGGGCUGUGAGAGUCUGACUCUUCCUUCUCAAAGACUCAGGAGUGGUGGGGGUGCUCCUGACAACUUCUUGCUGCUUUCUGUUGGUGUCCCACCUGCCUGAGUGCUGUGUGGUCUCGGCUGCUAGAUUUCAGGGCCCCCCUUAACUUCCCACAUUUCCUCCCCCACCCCACAUUCACCUCAACCUCUGAAGCAUUGUUUUAUGAGAGAUUUCCUCUGUAAAUACUUUCCCUUUUGUAGCAGGUUAAGUUCUUGAG